UGGCACCACCAUCACCAAGAAUGGCACCAAGAAUACCACCACCGAAAGCAGCACCAAAAGUGGCACCAAGAGCACCACCACCAAAAGCGGCACCAAAAGCAUCACCACCAAAAGUAGCACCAAGAGCACCACCACCAAAAGCAGCACCAAAAGCACCACCACCACCAAGAGUGGCACCAAGAGCACCACCACCAAGAGUGGCACCAAAAGCACCACCAUCAAGA